CAAUAGUCUAUCGUUCCAGUAUAUAAGUGUAUAAUCUAUGGUCUAUCGAAUAAAAGCGAAUAAAUUUUUUUUCAUGAAAAUGUCAAAAUAAUAAGAAAUUGUACAUGAUAUCUCGAAUUUCUAUGAGAAUAACAAUUGUGCAAAAUGUCCAAGAUAUUUACUCCAACAAAUCAAAUACGAUUAACAAAUGUGGCUAUUGUUAGGCUAAAAAAAGGUGGAAAGCGAUUUGAAAUAGCAUGUUAUAGGAAUAAAGUUGUAUCAUGGCGCAAUAAAGUAGAAAAGGAUAUUGAUGAAGUUCUACAAACACACACCGUAUUUACAAAUGUUUCUAAAGGUCAAGUAGCAAAAAAAGAAGAUCUUGUAAAGAUAUUUGGUAAAGAUGAUCAAACAGAGAUAUGUAAAGAGAUAUUAGAAAAAGGAGAGUUACAAGUAUCAGACAAAGAAAGGCAUUCUCAAAUUGAUGCCCUCUUUAAAGAUAUUGCAACUACAGUAGCAGAUAAAUGUGUAAAUCCUGAAACUAAGCGACCAUAUCCUGUCUCAAUAAUAGAAAAAGCUAUGAAAGAUAUCCACUUUUCUGUUAAUGUUAAUAAAAGUGCAAAACAACAAGCUCUUGAUGUGAUCCAACUUGUAAAGAAAGAAAUACCUCUUGAAAGAGCACAAAUGAGAGUCAGAAUUGUUUUAGGUGGUAAGGAAGCCCGGAAGGUAAGAGACAAAGCAGUUAAAUUAACAACAACAGUAGAAGAAGAAAAUUGGGAUGCUGGGACUGCUACUAUUAUUUGCCUUAUUGAUCCUGGCAGCUUCAGAAAUCUUGAUGAAAUGAUAAGAACCGAAACUAAAGGAAGCGGCCAGUUUGAAUUACUUAACUUAAAAGAAACAGUUGAAGGAGAGCAAGCACUGUAAUGAUUUGUAAUUAUUUUAUAUAUAGGUAUCAAAUAAAAUAUUUGUUAUUUUG